AUGGCACGAACUACUCGCGCCCAUCCAUCUCCCAGUGGAUUGAAAUCCCUCCCAACCCCCAAGAGAGAGUCGCGCAAGAAGGCGCAACCAGAAACCAAGACGAAAGUCACCAAGACGGCACGCCAAAAGAGUGUCGCUGCUUCCAAAUUAAAGAAAGCUGCCCCCAAACCUUCUCCUCCAACCGCAACGUCACAAUCCGACAACGACUCUGAUGCAGCAGCUGCUCCCGAGUCUCGUUCCACAUCACCACCAGUAGUUGGCCGUCCUAUGACACGAUCAUUGUCACGGUCGCUCUCUCCCUCAAAUCUAUUCGCUUCCGCCAGCACCAUGGUCAAGCGACGCAUCGCAGCCGUCAAGGCAGAUGUGAAGCCAGCAGCAAAGUCUCCAGGCAAGAAGUUGCAAAGCUUACUUCGCAACCACCGCUCAGAGGAGAACAAUAACUCAUCAGAGCUCAUCCCUUCAACCGAAACCAAUGCAGCUAUAGAAUCCAUCGUGGCCAUUGAAACCACCUCAUCGACCGAGCCCAGCGCAUCUGUCGAGUCCAUCAUAGUCAUUGAGUCCACCUCAUCGACCGAGCCUAGCGCAUCUGUCGAACCAACCUCAUCUACCGAGUCUACCGAGUCUACGGAACAAAUCGAAACCAGACCUCUCAAACGUUCUGCCGAGGCGCUCGAUGAGCGACCUACCAAGCGAGCUCGAGUCGUCGAACCAGUUGAAUACACUUCACCAAAACCAGAAACCGAAGUACCAUGCCUUCCCACCGUUGGCAAGGAUCUUUCUCCAGUUGGCGAGAUCAUUGUCGAUCAAAGUCCAUUCGUUGGAACUCCCAAGGACAAGACCGGGGCGGCCACUCCAAGUGCCAAACCUUACCAAGAGACAGGAAUUUGGGACACUGUCAAGAGUGUCAUCGCAUCCCCUUUCAGGUUUAUUGGUCGAAUCCAAACUCCUACCAAGCAAUCACCAGCACCAGAAUUCACCUUCACCCACCCACACAACAUUACCAACCCUCCAGAGGAGAUCGCUGAAGCCACACCUACGAGACCUCGACCUCGGCCAAAAGCACCGCGCGAUCGCUUAUUGCCAGUGCCACCAGGAGGAGUAAAACCCAAGCCCAUCAAAGUCCAUCGAUUCUCCGACUCCACUACCAAGUCACCAGAGAAGUCUCCAGCUAAGAGUCUCAAACCACCUCCAGUUGCCCUUCAGUAUAGAUUCAUGGAAGAGGUUACUGAGGAGCAAAGACAAAGAAGUUGGGAGGCUCAGCUUGCCAGAGAGGCAGCUGAGGCUGCCGAAGCCGAACUCGCAGCCGAAGCUGCUGAGGAGGCAGCGCACCCUCAAAUCAGUUUUGGAUCACCGGUUCGUAGCACUCGGAGACGAAAUCGCAACACAUUAGCAGUCACACCAGAUCUUUCAGUCAUUCACGAGUUGGAGGAGUCGACUCAAAGUGCGAGACAAAAGCAAAGAAAUGCUUUGGCUGCAACUGUCGAAGACGCCGAGGAUGUCGACAGUGCUAAUCCAAAGAACAUCUCACUUGAAGAAGCUGGCCAGCAAGUUGGUCAAAAGCGAAAGCGGGUUUAUACAGCCAUGAGCGCUCCAGGUACCUACUCGAUGCCUGACUUUGAUUCUGACAGCGACGACGAGAGCGAAGCUUCUGGUUACACCAAUGACGUUUCCAUGCUUUCAGCGCCACCUCUCGAUAGUCCAACUCGCAGCCCAGCAUACAAAUGGCAAUGCCGCCAGGUAACUACACCAUGGGGUCAACCAUACAAGGUUGAUGAUGCCAUCAACCCAUACGCACACAAAUUGCAAUAUGAAUAUACACCACCGGACGUCCCACUUUUCCUUAUGGAAAAGCCUUGUCCAAUGCCAGGAAAGAAUUACAGAGCCGCUCAACAACACCACGGUGAUUAUUGGAGACAAAUCUACGAAAUUCAGGUCGACAUGACUCCAGAGCAGCGAUACUGGGAUGAUUAUGAGCGCAAAAAUGGCUUUGGAUCCGUUUACAACUGGCUCAGCAUUCACCGUCUUUGCCAAGAUUCAAAUGGAAAUAUCCCAGCACAAGGACUUGGCCGAGACUACUACGAGAAGAUGCGAUUCACUGAGUUUCCUGAAACAAUCCCAGCAGGCGGUCAUGAGGUUCUCAACCCUCCAUCACCAACUCCUGUAGCAACAAGCCCAGGUCGCACAUUUAGAUGCCCAAGUCCUGGAAGCUCUGAUGAUUCCGAUUCCGAGUCUGACGCCGAGCCAGAGAACGAGCCAGAAUUACCAAAAGCAGCACCAGAGGCCCCUCGCCCUGUGCAUGCUGUCUUGCCAUCACCUCAAACACCAUUGACGCAACUUGCUGGAAAUAUCCAGAAGUAUGCUCCAUUCCAAUCAUCCAACCUCCGAUAUGUAAAGAAUUCUUCGCCUCUCCAAAUGGCUCACGCCGCAGAGCAGGCAUCUCCACUGUACAAAUAUUCCAAUCGUUUAGAGUUUUCCAGACUGCCUUUCGCAGACUUUCCUUCCGACGUUACCGCCUCAGCACGCAAAGCACUUUCUCCAGUUUUUGACGAUCUGGAUUUUUGA